AUGAAUACCGUAUUACAAAUAAAUCUUGUUAUUGUGUUUAUUCUACUGGCAUUGUAUAUUUUAAGAAGUUUACAAACUUUAUAUAUUUCUAUUAAAAAUCAUGUGAAAUUGCAAAAAUUACCAGGACCACCCAGAUAUGGAAUAAUCAAGGGAAACGUGCCAUACCUAGGAGACUCUCCAGAGGUGUUGUUUCAACAACUAAGGCAAGCCGCAAAAGAAUUUUAUCCAGUGUACAGAUUUUACGUAGCACAUAAAAUAAGUGUCCAUCUUGUAACUCACCAGGAUUGUGAAUUGGUUAUGUCCAAUCCCAUUCACAACGAAAAAGGAUAUGUCUACAAAAUGACACAUAAGUGGUUAAAGUUCGGUCUUCUGACCAGUUUCGGACAGAAGUGGCAGAUCAGAAGAAAAAUUCUAACACCAGCGUUUCACUUCAACAUUCUUCAGGGAUUUGUCUCGGUUUUCAACGAACAAACGGAACAACUUAUAGAUGCCUUGAAAGAUGAAUCUAAAAAAUCUUACGUCGAGAUAAAUUCUCUGAUAACACAGUUCACUUUAAAAACGAUUACAGAGACGGCAAUGGGUACUAAAUUCAAUUUCCAACGUAAAAACGAACGCAACUACGAGAAAGCACUUCAUGACAUGGGUAAAAUCUUUUACCACAAAUUUACCCAUCCGUGGUGCAUCGAAGAAAUCGGAAACUUCCUAUUUUCUCCUUUCUUUUUUGAAGAAAGAAAAAAUACAAAAACGAUGCACCAAUUUUCGAAAGAAGUGAUUCAAGAGAAAGAAAAAACAUUCAAUGACGAAGAAGCGACAGAAGAGCACAGUGUUUACAAAGGGAAAAAACGUAGAGCCAUGUUAGAUCUUCUGUUGUCUGCCAAAAGGAACGAAAGCGUUAUUGACGACGACGGUAUCCAGGAAGAAGUUGACACUUUUAUGUUCGAAGGACACGACACGACAGCUACGGCUCUAAGUUUUAUGUUGAUGCUUCUAGCUAACAACGAAAAUGUCCAACGUUGCGCGUACCAAGAAAUCGUCGAAAUUCUUGGAAACUCGAAUAAGAAACCAACUUACGACAAUCUACAAAAUUUGAAAUAUAUGGAACGCUGCAUCAAGGAGAGUCUUCGAUUGUAUCCCAGCGUCUAUUUUAUCUCGAGAAUUUUAGGUGAAGAUCUAAGGCUCACGAAUGGAUAUCUACUACCAAAAAGUACUAAUGUUUUUAUACACAUUUACGAUGUUCAUCGCAAUCCUGACGUUUAUCCUGAUCCAGAAAGAUUUGACCCCGACAGAUUCCUGUCCGAAAAUUGCCAAAACAGACAUCCUUACGCAUAUUUGCCUUUUAGUGCCGGACCGAGAAAUUGCAUAGGACAAAAGUUCGCCAUCUUGGAGCUGAAAGCUGCAGUGUGUGCAAUUUUAAGUAAUUUUGUACUAGAGCCAAUCGACACCCAAGAAAAUAUCAAACUUGUGGCCGAUAUUGUACUCAGAACGAAAGAAGAUAUAAAAAUAAAAUUCAUACCGCGCUUUUGAACAAGAAAAAUAUCCCAAUAUUACUUUACUCUAGGUAUGGGAAUAGAACUUUUGUAAUAGUG